AUGGGCAAAGUAGAGACAGAAGCGUCGGCGCGCGACGAUCUGGCGGCAGUGUAUCGCAUGUGCCACAAGCUCGGCCUGAAUGAAGGUGUUUGCAACCACAUGUCAGUGCUCGUUCCCGGGACCAGCGAUCGAUUUCUGGUGGCGCCCUAUGGCCUUCUUUGGUCAGAGGUGACUCCUGAAUCCUUGGUGCUGGUGGAUCCCAAGGGCCGUGUCGUCGGCGACGGAGCGGUUGACACCUCGGCCUUCGAGAUUCAUUCUGCCAUGCACGCGGUAAACCCGGAGAAAAACGUUGCUGUGCUUCACACGCACAUGCCGUAUACCACGGCUCUGUGCGUCAUUCAGAACGACACGUUGCCCAACAAAGAAAGAAUUGCAAUGUGCUGUCAAAAUGCCCUGCGUUUCUGGAACGACAUCUCCUAUGACGAGAUCUUUCGGGGCUGGGUUCUGGACCCAGAGGAAGGCCUCCGACUCGCCGCAGGGCUUAAGGAGAAGAGAGUGGGUCUUCAAAAGCACCAUGGUGUGUUCAUUUGUGCCCCGACGCUGGCACAGGCUUUCGAUGACCUUUACUAUUUGGAGCAAGCUGCCAAAGUCCAAGUGCUGGCCAUGUCCACGGGUGCUCCUUUGGCGCUGGUGGAUGAGGAUGUUUGCAAGUCAGUCAAGGAAGCCUUCGACAGCGAGCGGGAGAACUUUGCCCGGCAGCAUCUGGACGCAAGAAAGAGGGAGCUGUCGAGAGAUGACAAGACCCUGAAAUGGCUCGCCCAGCCAAAAGCCAAAGGCUCCAGAUUGGCGCAGGGGCAGCAUUCUCGUCCCAUGAAGUGCUCGGAAGUUGUGACUGCUUGUGACACAGCUUCUCAGAGCCCGCGGGAAAAAGGCGAAGGUGGGGACUGGCUCGCGGCAGUUGAAGGAUUGGUGAAGGAAUAA